UUGACAUUCCGUGCGAAAGAAGCAAAAACGAAGUCGUUCCGCCACCGACUCUCGCAAAUUGUACGUCGGUGCGUGCAUCGCUACCCCGUUAGUCGUGUAAUCGCUUCGCAGUGGGUGCAAAUCACAAUAUCAACAGCAGCAUCUUUCGCGCGCUGCGACUUUCAUAUGAGUUGCUGAUAGUGAGCCUAAACCCUCGUCAACAAAUCCCUCGGCAGCGAAAUGUCCAAUCAAAGAUUAACGCACGCGAUCGUUUGCAGAAUUCCGGCUUCGAUUAAAUCGAAAUGUGACCAAAUUGACGUGGAGGAAGCAAAGCGGCAACAUGAGAAGUUCGUGAGCACCCUGCGGGAAUUGGAGCUGGACGUGAUUGAAAUGCCGGCCGACGAGAGCCUGCCGGAGUGUGCUUUCGUCGAGGACACCGCAGUCGUCUGCAAUGGGAUCGCACUAAUGGCGAAACCGCACGACAGCCUCCGCCAGAAGGAAGUGGAAAUCAUGAAGGCUGUGAUCAAGAAAGAACUUGACAUUCCAAUAAUCGAGGCGGACGACUCGAACGCCAAGCUCGAAGGUGGCGAUGUGCUCUUCACAGGCAGGGAGUUCUUUGUUGGCCUAUCCAAGUGGACCAAUGAGGCCGGUGCCCAGGCCGUAGCCUCCACUUUCCCCGAGUAUCCAUGUGUUCCAAUUAAGGUAACUGGUGAUAAACAUCUGAAGUAUUAUGUGUCAGUGGCUGGCCCAGAAUUACUCUGCGUAAGCAAAUCGAAAGAUUCGCAGGAGGUAUUAAAACGUAUUGAACGAGAGGCAAGUUUCGCUUACCAGACUAUCACCUUAUCGGAGGAGGAGGCAUCUAACAUUCUUUACAUAAACGGGUCAUUGGUCAGCCGUUCAGAGGAAGAAAUUCCAGUAUCAGAUCAGAUCCUGAAAGAAAAAAUUGACAUACCACGAAAGAGCCUAAACAUCUCUGAAUUGGGCAAAAUGAGUACAGGCAUUACGUCCUGCUGCAUUUUGCUCAGACGUUCGCGAUAUUUCCGAGGUGUCUAACUUUGAACUUGAGUCGCUUCCAAAAAAAUUUGCUCCAAUGAAUGUGUUCUCGAAUGCUAUAAUGAUGUAAUAAUUGUCUUCGCACAAAAGGAGAAAAGCAACGCAAGUCUCUCUUUCUCUCUACUAUUUUACCUGCAAUACAUACAUAUUUACAUGAAAAUGAAAAGUUUAUAUACAUAUAAGAACAACUUGUGCUGUUGACAACGCAUAAAGAGAUUGUUUUUUUGCUCUUUAAGAAAACCAUUAUAUAUCUGCAUUUUAAGCAAAGGAGUAAAGUUGUAGUAACGGAGUAAAGUAAAAUAUAUUGCAUUUUUAGACUAGUACAAUUGAUGAUGAUGAAGAUGAUAUUAUUGCAAUCAUGCUAUCGUGUCGUUUAUAUAAAUUAUAUGUGAAUGUCAUAGUUGUCCAAUAUUAUAUCCUUUAAUAUAAUUAUUAUUUUUGG